ACAUAGAAGGACAGUGAGGGAACAAAAAUGAAGCUCUAUGUCACUCGCUAAAUACUUGGUCGUAACAAGGAAAUUGGAUAUUGUGCAACUUUUCAAAUAUCGCGUUACAUGGUGUCGGUUGUUGCGAUCUGAAUAUUUUGAUAUUUUCUUGUCCACUUAACUGCAUUGCAUAAACGUCCUUCACUUUAGUAAUGGGCUUAAUGUACUUUUAUUUGUACAUACUGUGACACAUGGUUACCAGUGUUAUGCAUUUUUACUUGUUCGUUUAAAAUAAACGUUAUUGAUUUGGCCCUUAAAAGUUCUCUUAAGGUGUAUUGCUGAGUAAGCUAAUCCUCUUCUGUUUCAAAUGACUGCCUGAACUUCACAAAACACAUAGCUAGCAUGGAUAAAGAUCAAAAACACUAUAUCUGUAGUAUGUAAACACGAAGGGAUUCAGGUGAAAAUUCGAGGACUCACCUUUUGUUUCAUUUUCUCCCAUUUCCAAAAAUAUACUCAUCCUCACGGUUCUUAGAAGGUUUUAAUGUUAGGAAUUCUUUAUUAUGAAAAGUCACAUUAUUAAAUAACAAUAUAUUAUUCAAAUCCACUCAAAAUAGGAGACUCGAUCAUAUUCAUAGUUUUCUGUUAAUUCGGUCAUAAACUGUGUUUAACACUCAAACUAACCUUUUUUGGUGCCUGCAAAAAGUUUCUAUUAAGGAAAAGUGGUAACUGAUCCUUUGUUGGAUUUGAAGAAAUAAGUGACCAUACUGGGUUUUGUCACGGUUCAAAACAUGACAUAGGAUGUUGCUAUCUUGAGUUUCAAUAUUUCGUGCUUCCGUUUUUAUUUAGCUGUCAUAGUUAUGUUUCGAGAGAACCUUUCCGAGUUCGGAGUACCUGUCUCCUACCUAACUAUUCACUUAACUCCAUAUAGUAAAUGAGCUGAUAACAUACAUUUUGUGUUGAUAUGUGGGGCUCGAAGAAUAUGUGGAUAUUCUGUUCUUUUAAUUGAAAAAUGUUACAUUAGAACUAGUCUUUAUCAGUGCGAAAAUUGGCCGUAUGUAGUAAUUUGGUUUAAUUCAUUUUCUACCAUACUCAAGAAACUUUACCAGCCUGCAUUGGUCGGUCGCUGGUGAACUACUAGGAGGGGAUAAAAAAAGUCUUAUUCAGUUAAGUAACCCGUGGUGUAGGUCGUAGGCGUAUCCCAAUCGUUACUCAUAUCUGAGGGAACCACCGAUAGGUUAGUGGUUGGGCAUAGUUUUAGAUAGAUAUUUGGUCAGCAAGUGAGACCGUAAACCCUGAAGCCAAUCAUGUCGCGUCGAGACGUGUGAGCUAGUCGGAGCCUAUGGUAACAGACCAUCCUUUAUGGCCCAAAAUUCGACUCGGUAGUACAGAUGUAUCAUUUCUUUAUCUCUCCAUGGAUCUUCGGUUUCUGUUGUUUCUUACUUUCAUCCGACAUUUUACAAACACAUCUUCAAAGUUAUUUGUUCUCCAAAUAAAAUCGUAUUAAUUUGUUCCCUUACAUCGCUGUUGUUGAACUGAUAAACAUUUGUUCCAGAUCAUAUGUUGUUGAUGACUGACUGCAAAUUUGAACCAUAUUAUGUGGUAGUGUCAAGUUUGUUUAUCAGUAUUUUUAGGACCUCAGUUUUUUCCUCCAUGCUGGAAUGUCGUAAUACAAAUCUCCCCCUAUUGUUUUAGACAUCAGUAUUUACUUCACUUACAAUCCUAACAUUGGAACUAACGUCCAUGUAUAAUACAUGCUUUAAGAUUUUGCCCUAAUUAUUAGAGGUCUGUCAUAAACGUAGCCAUUUAUAUAAUCUCACUUUGCACUUGGAUCCGCUGUAACAAUUUCAAGUAUAUCUGUCUAGUUUCCAUCGAUAACCUGUCACUUUUACAAACUUAUCGUGAGUUUAGUUAGAUUGUCAGUUUUUGUUUAUUGUUGGUAACACUAUUAUAAGCUUGUCAUUCUCUGUCAGUGUUCCUAGUAUUCGUCGUAGUAAACAAUUGUCGCAUAGGAAAUUUCAAGGUUUCGGAGUCAGAAAUAAAAGAUUAGAACUUUAAAAUGUCAAAGAACUUAUUAUGCGCGUCAUAUUAGCGAAAUUUUAGCAAGAACACCAUACCUAACCAUCAUGAAGUAAACUCUACAAGUUUAAUAAAAUUACAAACAGUUAUCUCGACUGACUUGGACAUUCCAUCAUCCUUUUAUACAUAAGGUGUCACUCAAUUAUCAAAAAUCUCAUUCCCGACCGUUGCUGCUACCUUGACGUGGUGGUCGGGCUUGCCUAUCGUGAUGAACAAAUCGAGCUAUACUGUCUAGAACAAUCGUUGCUCAAGGUCCUACCAUGCUAGACAGGUCAGUUGAAGAGCGGUAAGACUAGAAGCAGCAAUCCCAAGGUCCGAAGGCGAAGUCGUACUGCCGACUGUAGAGGUAGUUGUUAGGAAACGGGUACUAGGUAAUGAUGGAAAAUCGAUUGAUGAAGUAGUGAAACUUCAUCAGUUGAGAUGGUUGGAACACGUGUUACGUAUGCCCAACCACCGACGUGCAAUGUUUUAUGGUGUAGGAGUAGGUUGGGAGAAGGCUAGGGGCGGCCAGACCAAAAGAAGUCACAAAUCCAUGAAGUCAGUGACAAGUGGACUGAGCCAUGUUGGUAGGUGUAGACUACCUGGUUAGGAUUCGCGAGAUGAUAGUAAUCGAUGGUUAGAGACCCUGAAUGACAUGGCUCAAAAUUGUUUGCUAUGGCGAAGGUGCAUCCACUCUUUGUGUUCUACCAAAUUUUAAUCUUUAUUUUCUUCAUGUCCCUAUUCUUUUUUCUCUUUUCCAAUUUAUUUCACUGUAUUAUACUCCUUCAAUAACAUCUUCAAACCCUAAUCUUUCACAUAAUGCUUAUACUCUUACUACUUCUACCACUAUGGGAUUUGAAUCGACAACUGCAUCUCUGUGCUAAUGUGGUAUGGCAACUCGAACUGAUGUAAGUAUGUACGAAGUUCUACGUUGUGACUGACUGACUGACAAAAAGCUCAUUACAUACCGUUUUUAUUUUGAAUUUGUACUGCCAGCAAUACACGUUUUUUAAGUUGAAGAACAGCAAGAGUAAAUCAAAGGCGACAAGACUAGUGGUAUGAAUGAUAUAAACUGAGAAUCGGGAUUUUUUCUUCUGACUCACGUUACAAUUAUUGUUUUGCUCUAAAUUCUAUAUAAUACCUACGAAACCGUCUAAUGUUCUUUGAUCCUUAUAGGACUUAUUUAUUAACUAGCUGCUAUUAGACUGAACCUUGAGGACUCAGGAAGAAUGGAUCAGAGGAUACUAAAAAUUGAAGAGCAUGUUAAUGAAACUUUGAAAAUGAACCUCAAAAAAACUUUAGAUGCUGGGGACUUAGUGUAUGGUCAAAUUUCGGAAUAUUUAGAACUCAAAAAUCUUAUUGAGAAAAUGAAGGAUAUCGAUAUCCCUCAAAAUAACUUGAAAACCAAAGUAAAUGUCGGAAGCAAUAUUUAUGUAAAUGGAUUAAUUUAUUCUGUUGAACCUAUUGCAGUUGACAUUGGUCUAGGAUUUUACCUCGAGUGCAGUCAUGCUGAAGCCUUAAAUAUUAUUGAUUCGCGCAUCUCUAUCCUAAAUGGGCGUGCCGACAUGUACAAGAAAAGAGCUAAUUCUAUAAAAGCUCAGAUAAAGUUGUUCCUAGAAGUAAGUUAUCUGGUCAUUUCUAACAUUAUUUUAAGGGUCUCCGAAAUCUCCAAAAUAUUAAACGGAACUGCUAAACAGUAAUAAGAUUUUUCUGUAAAUAUGUGUACUCUACAUUUACUUAGAUGUUUCAAAACCGUUUAUAUACUACAACUAUUAUUUUACUAAUAAACUAAGUAAUUCGAAUGCCUAUUCUUUCACAUGUUGCUUUUACAGGUAACUAGGAUUUGAGUCAUAAAUUUUAGCAAACAAUUGUGAACCCUUGAAUGUUUCUGUAGAUGAUUUUUCUACGAAGCAUUGAGUUGCAAUAUUCUAUUUAAAUGUAUAUUCACAAAUCACUUUCCUGGGGUUUCUAAGUAUGUAACAGUUCGAUGUCCAAAUAUUUGUAUACUGCAUUAACUUUUUCAAAAAAACACCAAUAUAUCCAUGGGCAUUACGUGUAACAGUCAGUUACAACGUAGAACUUC